AUGUCUCAGUCCGGAGGAAAGAAAGGGGGAGGCAAGGGCCCUCCCAAGGAUAAGAAUAAGGAGAGCGAUGAUGGAGCUGGGAAAGGAGGUAACUCCAAGGAGUCGAAGGACAAGGAGAAGGAGGAAACCACCAGUAACCCUGAGGGAGAUGAAACGCCUAGUUCUAAACCUCAGAGUGCGGGUCCCAAUGUCAGGGAUGCAGCUCAGAGGAUCCUGGUGCUCUGCCAGAAGGGAGAAUGGGGUCCGGUGGACCAAGUGCUCAAAUCUAUGGAGAAGGCCAUCGUUAACGCUGGAGACGACGCCAACACCGUACCCUUAGCUGGAAUCCUAGAUGCGGCGACGGGAAUGACACCUCUCAUGUACGCAGUCAAAGACAACAGGACCUCCUUGAUUGACAGAAUGAUCGACCUGGGGUCCGACGUAGGAGCCAGGAACAAUGAUAACUACAACGUCCUCCACAUAUCAGCGAUGUACUCCAGAGAAGAUGUAGUCAAGCUGCUUCUGACGAAAAAGGGAGUUGACCCGUACUCCACAGGAGGGAGUCGAACUCAAACCGCUGUCCAUCUGGUAGCUUCCAGACAAACGGGCACUGCUACUGCGAUCCUGAGAGCUCUCCUGCAGGCCGCAGGAAAGGACAUAAGACUGAAAACUGACGGGAGGGGGAAGAUUCCUCUGCUCCUGGCAGUAGAGGCGGGCAACCAGUCUAUGUGCAGGGAGCUGCUAAGUGCACAAACGGCGGAACAGUUGAAAGCACAAUCCGCAAAUGGCGACACGGCUCUGCAUCUGGCGGUCAGAAGGAAGGACAUCGAUAUGGUUAGAAUUUUGGUGGAUUAUGGAACUAGUGUUGAUAUUCGGAAUGGGGAUGGACAAACUCCUCUCCAUAUUGCAGCUGCUGAAGGCGAUGAGGUCUUGGUUAAGUAUUUUUACGGAGUUAGAGCCUCCGCCAGCAUCACUGACAACCAAGACAGAACGCCCAUGCAUUUGGCUGCUGAAAAUGGUCACGCCAACAUCAUCGAACUACUGGCAGACAAGUUUAAGGCCAGCAUAUUCGAGAGGACCAAAGAUGGAUCCACUUUGAUGCACAUCGCCUCACUGAAUGGUCACGCGGACUGCGCCAUGAUGCUCUUCAAGAAAGGGGUCUAUCUUCACAUGCCAAAUAAAGACGGAGCCAGAAGUAUCCACACUGCUGCAAGAUACGGCCACGUGGGUAUAAUCAAUACCCUCCUACAAAAAGGGGAAAAGGUUGAUGUAACGACUAAUGAUAAUUAUACGGCCUUGCAUAUCGCUGUUGAGUCCUGUAAACCUGCCGUGGUCGAGACGCUUCUGGGUUACGGAGCGGAUGUCCACGUCAGAGGUGGAAAGCUGAAAGAAACAGCCCUUCACAUCGCAGCUAGGGUGAAAGAUGGAGAAAAAUGUGCACUUAUGCUCCUUAAAUCCGGAGCUGGACCUAAUCUAGCAACCCAUGAUGGCCAGACCCCGGUACACGUAGCUGCUAGAUAUGGCAACCUUCAGACGUUGCUGUUACUACUUGAAGAUGGUGGCGAUCCUCAAUUCAAAAACAAAAAAGGAGAGACUGCCCUGCAUUUGGCCAGUAGAGGCUGCAGACCUGACGUAGUGAAGCACCUGAUCAGUUACAUAAAAGAGCACAAAGGAGAAGCCAGAGCAGCAGCCUACGUCAACGAAGUCAAUGAAAGCGACGAAAGUGCCUUACACUACGUCUGUACCGUAACAAAAGAUGAAGUGGAAACUGCAAACUCAGACAGAGAAGUGGUGAAACUCCUCUUAGAAAAUGGAGCAGAUGUAAAGCUUCUUGCCAAACACCAUGAGUCUGCUUUUCACUACGUUGCGCUUGCUGGAAAUAACGACGUCCUCAUGGAGAUGAUAACCCAUAUGUCUCCAACUGAUUCCCAGAAGGCACUUAACCGGCAGAACGAUAACGGAUGGACUCCUUUGCUUAUUGCUUCACAUAAAGGUCACUUGGAUUUGGUAAACAACUUGCUGGCAAAUCACGCUAGAGUCGACGUAUUCGACAACGAAGGCCGUUCAGCUCUGCAUCUAGCAGCAGAACAAGGCUAUCUCAACGUAUGCGACUCGCUUCUUUCCAAUAAAGCCUUCAUUAACUCUAAGUCUAGGAAUGGCCGCACUGCCCUCCACUUAGCUGCUAUGAACGGUUACAUCCACUUGGUGAAGUUUCUAAUAAAAGAUCACAAUGCUGUCAUAGAUAUUUUAACGUUAAAGAAACAGACACCUCUACAUCUAGCUGCUGGAGCAGGACAGAUAGAAGUCUGCAAGCUGUUAUUAGAGCUCGGUGCAGACAUUGACGCUACGGAUGAGAGUGGCCAGAAACCUAUCCACGCCGCUUGCCAAAAUAACUUUUCCGAAGUUGCCAAAUUAUUUUUAUCACAGCACCCUAGCUUGGUAAUGGCCACGACUAAGGAUGGGAAUACUUGCGCUCAUAUAGCAGCAGCUCAGGGUAGUGUAACAGUCAUAGAGGAGUUGAUGAAGUUCGACAGACAAGGCGUGAUCUCAGCGAGGAACAAAAUAACAGACGCUACUCCCUUGCAAAUGGCUGCUGAAGGAGGACACGCUGAAGUGGUGAAAGCUUUGGUUAGAGCAGGGGCUAAUGUCACAGACGAAAACAAAGGAGGCUUCACAGCGGUUCAUUUGGCCGCUCAGCAUGGUCACUUACAGGUUUUGGAAGUUCUAAGGUCUUCCAAUACUUUAAGAGUUAUCAGCAAGAAGUUGGGUGUAACUCCGCUUCAUGUAGCUGCUUAUUUCGGGCAAGCGGAUACUGUAAGGGAGUUGCUAGCCCAUGUGCCUGGUACAGUGAAAUCUGAACCCCCAAACGGAGCUUCUUUGGUGCCAGCUUUGGGAAAUGAGUCUGGCAUGACACCUUUACACUUGGCGUCUUUCUCAGGGAACGAAAACGUAGUUAGAUUGUUAUUAAAUUCGGCUGGAGUUCAAGUCGAUGCUGCAACUCAUGAAAAUGGCUACAAUCCAAUGCACUUGGCUUGUUAUGGUGGUCACGCCACAGUAGUAGGUCUUCUUCUAAGCAGAUCCGCUGAGCUCCUUCAAAGCGUUGACAAACAUGGGAAGACUGGAUUGCACAUAGCUGCCCAACACGGACACUACCAGAUGGUCGAGGUAUUGCUAGGUCAAGGAGCCGAAAUUAAUGCUCCCGACAAAAACGGAUGGACGCCACUGCACUGUGCCGCUAGAGCUGGCUGCUUUGAAGUGGUAAAGCUUCUGGUGGAAUCAGGAGCUUCUCCAAAAUCGGAAACAAACCUAGGAGCUGUUCCUAUAUGGUUUGCAGCUUCUGAAGGGCAUCACGCUGUCCUAGAGUAUCUGAUGACCAAGGAGCACGACACUUAUGCACUAAUGGAGGAUAGAAGAUUCGUGUAUAACUUGAUGGUGUGUUCGAAAAACCACAACAACAAACCCAUCGAGGAAUUCAUUUUGGUCUCACCGGCACCUGUCGAUACAGCUGCUAAAUUGUCCAAUAUCCUUAUAGUCCUUUCAAACAAAGAAAAAGAGAGAGCUAAGGAUCUCAUAGCCGCGGGAAAGUUCUGUGAAGCUAUGGCGACCGAACUUCUAGCCUUGGCAGCAGGCGCUGAUUCUGCAGGGAAGAUCCUUACAGCUACUGACAGGAGAAAUGUGGAAUUUUUGGAUGUCUUAAUAGAAAACGAACAAAAGGAGGUCAUAGCGCAUACCGUUGUUCAGCGCUAUCUACAGGAACUCUGGAGAGGGGCCCUCAACUGGACGGCGUGGCGCACGCUGCUUCUGUUCGUGUUUUUCAUAAUCUGUCCCCCUGUUUGGAUAGCCUUUACCCUUCCUCUAGGCCACAAGUACUACAAGGUGCCUAUCAUCAAAUUCAUGUCGUAUCUCACUUCACACAUUUACCUCAUGGUCUUCCUGCUGAUAGUGGGUAUCACGCCGCCUUACCCAGUGGUUAGAAGAGGCCUCUUCCCCGUCUGGUACGAAUGGAUCUUGCUGAUAUGGCUGAGCGGUCUCUUGCUGUUCGAACUGACCAAUCCCAGUGACAAAUCCGGUCUGGGCUGGAUCAAGCUGUCCGUACUUCUCUUUAGCAUAUUGGGUGUAGGUGUACACUUGCUGGGAAUUUUAUUUAUCAAAACCAAAGACUGGCCUACCCUGAUGUACUGCAGGAACCAACUGUUCGCCUUGAGCUUCGUCCUAGCUUGUGUACAGAUCCUGGACUUUUUAUCCUUCCACCACCUGUUUGGGCCAUGGGCCAUCAUUAUCGGUAAUUUAAUGAAAGACCUAGCUAGGUUUUUAGCGGUGUUAGCGAUCUUCGUGUUCGGGUUUUCGAUGCAGUUCGUUGCCUUGAAUCAACCCUUUCAUGAAUUAUCUUCCCUCGAAGUAAAGAUGAUUAAUAAUCCAAGAGGCAGUGGAGUUCUUGAACACGAGUAUUUCAGUGAUGAACGCGACCCAUUCCUAGAUGACGCGGAGUGGAUAGAGGACCUGACCACGGCCGAUCCACUACCCAGGGCCGGCCUAAGGAAAAAGCGGCGGCCUAUUUCUGGGAUGAAAAUGAAUCCAAUAACUGCGUUCGAGCUGCUUUUUUUCGGCGUGUUCGGCCAAACGACCUACGACGAGUUGAUAGUGAAGAGCCCGAAGGGCUUCCCGGCCGUCAAGCCCGCGUGGACGGCCAACCUCUUCAAAGUGGUAUUCGGCAUCUACAUGCUGGUGUCGGUGGUCGUUCUCAUAAAUCUUCUAAUUGCCAUGAUGUCGGACACUUAUCAACGUAUCCAGGCUCAAUCCGAUAUAGAAUGGAAGUUUGGUCUCAGUAAACUCAUCCGCAACAUGCACAGAACGACAACCGCCCCAUCCCCGAUCAAUCUGAUAACGACUUGGCUCUUCUAUUUGGUAGACAUCUGCAAGAAACGAGUUAAAUCAAGAAAGAGACAGAGCCUCGUCCAUCUCAUGGGCAGCUUCCAGAGGACAGCGCAGCUCAGUCCGAGGUCAAAAGCUGGGGCUAAAUGGUUGUCCAAAGUCAAGAAAGGUAGGCAGGUCGCCCCUAAGGAGUCUGUGGCUUUGUCUAUAGGCCAUAUGAGCCCCCUAGGGUCUCAACUAAGCUUUACAGCGCAAACCACGAGGAUAGAGCACGUGACUGACUGGGAGGCUAUAGCGAAGAAGUACAGGGCUCUCAUGGGGGAAGUCGAUGAGGUGAAGGAACAGACUAGUGAAGACAAUGAAGACGAGGACGAUGAUGCUCCGUCUUCGGUCCCUGUGCCUACGCAAAAUAUGUCGUCUUCAUUCGGAUAAGGAUCUUAGGGUUCUUGAUAUUUUCUAUUUAUUAAAAAGGCACGUAACUCAAGUAAAUAUGAUGACGACAUUUAUAUCCUUUCAAAUCAUGGAUGAGAAGAAGGGAGUUCUUGUUUACCCUAGAUCUAAAAGAAGAAACUGACAUUUGAUUAUAUAAGUACAGCAAGAAGAACAUUAAAAUUACAAAUCUUUACCAGUUUUUCUUUUUAAAUAUACGAAAGUUACUUCAGAAUCAAAUUUUGUCAUAUAAAAACAAUGUGUAUUUUUAACAUAAUUUUUAAUACAUAUAUAAAUCAUCCCUAUAAAUGCCAAAUUCUGGAGGCAUUUGAAGAAAUUGAGUGUUGCAAAUUCGAUAUAAUCAGGUAAAUGCAUACAUAUCAUACUUAAAGCUAUAAAUUCUAAAUAAUUUUUAUAUCUCUAACAUUUUCGACUUAAUAAUCGUAUAAUUAGUGCAAGUAUGUCAUAUUGGAUUAGAAUUUUAAGGGAAAUUUCUAUAUAUAUACGUUUGCAAAUUUUAUAAGGAGUAUGCAAUAUAAAAUUUACUAUAUAUGUAAUAAAAAAUAAUCUUAACAUAUAGAUAGGUAACAGUCAUUUUGAUAUUUGGAUUAUAUACUUGGAUAUUUACGUAAUAUCAUGCACAGAUGGGUUUCUUUUGUAUAUAGUAGUGCUUCAACUUUUACCGAAUAUAG